AUGACUGCUGCCAGCAGACUUCAAACGAUUGCAGCCGCCAUCCAGCUCUUCCCUCGCUCUGACUACCUGGCAGAAUGGCGACUGCUGCUUGUUCAGCGCGUCUCACCAGCUCUCAUGGAUCAGGCUGCAGCAACUAGAGAUGGAGGAAAGCGGAACCCAACGAAAGCACAGCGGCUGCGGGAACUUUUAGAAGGGCCUGGCAUUGUGCAGGGCCCAGCGUGUCAUGACGCGCUGAGCGCGCACCUGAUUGAGAGAGCGGGCUUCAAGCUGGCCUUCAUGAGUGGGUUUAGCGUCUCCGCAACGCGGCUGGCAGCGCCUGACGCUGGGCUCAUCUCCUAUGGGGAGAUGGUAGAUCAGGCCCGGCUCAUUGCGGCGGCAACCAGAUUACCGGUGAUCGGAGAUGGCGACACGGGGUAUGGGAACGCAAUGAACGUGAAGCGGACGGUGGAGGGGUACGCGCGAGUGGGAAUGGCGGGGAUCCUCAUCGAAGAUCAGUGCAGACCUGAGUGUCGCCUGCUGUUUGUUUCGUAA